GGGGUCGGAGCGGCGGCGGUGGCGGCACGGAGGCCUCCCUGCGGACAGAGCCGCGGGGAUGGGCACCCCGGCCUCGGUGGUGAGCGAGCCGCCCCCCUGGCGGGUCCCCCCGGAGCCGCGGGGGCGCAAACGGGCCUCGGCCAACAUCUUCCAGGACGCGGAGCUGCUGCAGAUCCAGAGCCUCUUCCGGCGCGGCGGGGACCGGCGGGCCGAGGAGAGGGCCCGCAUCGUGUGGGAGUGCGCGGGGGAGCCCGGCGUGGCCGAGGCCUUGAGGCGGCUGCGAAGGAAGCGGCGUCGACGGCUGCCCCCGGACCGGGCCGAGGACGGCGCCCGCCGGCGGUGCGGUCGGCUCCGGAUGCCCGAGGAGCGGGCCGCCUCCCCCGCCGGGGCGGCCGCGGAGCCCCCGGCCCCCAGGAGGACGAGCGCCAGGAUCCGUCAGCGCCGGGGGAGGGCCGGCCCCCUCGGCUACCUCCACCAGAUCCGACGCUGAGCCGGGGCGGGAGGCCGGCCGCGGGGCCGUCUCCCCCGGGUGCCCCGGGGGGUCCUUCGGGGCCCGCUGCGGGACGAAGCCCGAAGCGGGCGGGUCCCCGCCGAGGAGAGAAGGGCUCUCUUCGGGGCCUUCCCUCUCUGGCCGCCGGCACCGCUCGCGUCCGAGCGAGAGCGGCGGCGUUUUCUGAAACUAACCCGCCUCCCCCGUCCUUCCCGAUCUGACGCUACCGUUGGACCGAACCGUCCCCCCAGGUUCUUUUGGGGUGCCGGGGCUGAGCCCGGGCCCGGAUUUCUCCUCCUCUGAUGAAGGGGAGUGGGGCGAGCCCCCCACCCCCGCUGCUCCCCACCCUUAGCGGGAGAGAGGAAACGGGGGUGGGGCCCCCCAGAGCGGAAGAGAACGUUUAAUAAAAAGACACGAGCGCAGAAC